AUGGAGUCCGGUGUUCGUGUAUGUUCGACAAGAAGAAACGCUCCCAACUUGAAGAUCCCGUGUAGUGUCAAAGAAAAGCUCCAAAAUGUGAUGGGUGGUAAGAAGUACCUCGAAGAAGCCCAGCAGGUCAUUAUCGUUGCGAUAAAGAGGGAUUAUGGCCUACACUGUUUGGCUGCUGUAGACCUCCGCGACUGGCUCAAGAGAAAGAUUGAAGUGGUGCUACGGGUUACUGAGGCUUUAGAUACAGAAAACAUCGUAUCGCUUGCUAUCAAGGUUGCUCAACGGUCGAAUAUCGUUGCUGCCGGGUAA